AACUUUGGAUCUUUAAUCCAUUCUGACUGCCUUCUUCUAUCAUUCUUAACAUACUUGUAAAAGAACAUAUUGUUGCAUCACGUGCAACUCUAUUCAAAACCGUCCACUUACAACCAGUACAAACUUAAAUCCCGCAUCCUGCUUAUGUAAUCUGAAGUACCAAAUCAUCUAUUUUAUGCUAAGGAACAAUAUACGAUAAGAUCAACUAUAAAAGAUUGACAGAUUUUUUAUUUAAUCAAAGUGUGUGAACAAACCAUGAAGCUUAUUGUUUUUGUUUUGGCUAUUGCAGCCUUGGAAGCUGCAGUACCAAAGUCCUCCGACUUACAGUUUCUUCGCAUGUAUAAAGAACCCAUCAUUGAAGUGAAAUCCGAAUUUAGUCCAAGAAUCAUGGGUGGUGACGAAGCGGAACCCCAUUCCAUUCCCUAUCAGGUUUUCUUGGAAGUUCAUAACGACACUUUUGGGUGGUACUGUGGUGGUUCGCUCAUCUCUCAAAACUAUGUUCUUACAGCAGGCCACUGUGGCUUCUAUGGAGACACCGCCAUCAUAACCCUCGGUGCUCAUAAAAUCACAGAAACCGAAGAUACUCAAGUCGUUGUAACCAGUACCGAUAUCACCGUCCACGAAAAGUACCAUGAAACCAGAUUAAAUAAUGAUGUCUGUGUUAUCAAACUCCCAGAACCCGUUACUCUAACAGACGCUAUUCAGCCAACGGUUUUACCUAGUAGAAGUGACAUUGACAACACUUUUGAGGGUGCUGAUGCAAGAAUUAGUGGCUGGGGUUUGACCGACGGUCAAAAUCAUGACCUGUCGGAAGUUUUAAAUUACGUGGAUGUUACGGUUAUCAAUAAUAGGCAAUGUGAGAAAGUUUUUGGGAUUCUUCUGCCAUCGGUGAUUUGUACAUCUGGAGCUCGCAAUACUGGUUCUUGUAAUGGUGAUUCUGGUGGGCCGCUUGUUCUCAAUGGUGUACAGAUUGGUGUUGUUUCGUUUGGAAUUUUGGACUGCAUUCGUGGCUAUCCUUCUGGGUUUAGUCGGUUGACGAGGUUUUUGGAUUGGAUCGAAACCAACACUGACGUUGUAAUAAAUUGAAGGAGUUUAGAAAUAAUGAGUUUUGUAAUGUCAUUUAAAUAAUAAAAUUUGUAUUAAUCUG